AUGGACAGAAUGCCAUCCUUGCGAUCUCGGGGGAUCCACUGGGCCAAGCCGCAGCAAAAGGUCUGGCGCGCAGUGUUGACGGUCUUGAGCUGUGCUUGCUGCCAAUGCUUCGUAGUCACCGGGCUGCCAAGGUUCCCCAUGGCUGUGCCGCUACUCGCACCUGUGGCCCUCAUGCCUGCCCGGUGUGAGGCCGUGGUGGCGCCAGAGGUUAUAUCGAUCAGCCUGGGCUCGAUCGUCCUCUUCAUCGUACUACUCCUUUUUGGCAUGGUCUUUGGUCGGAACAUUGCUGGCUUUCUGGACUCCUUAGACAACAUCGAGGGAUCUCGUUGA